ACCAUAUCCCACAAAUUUUCCUCUCAAACUUAUUUUACAUUUAAUAGACAUGAAAACCAUAAUCUGGUGUAGCACCGUCGUCCUUGUAUGUCUCCUGGCGGCGGUGGCGGCGGCGGCGGAGGAGGAAGAGGAGGUGAACUGCAGCUCGUUGGAGAUGACGGUGUGCACGGCGACGCUGAUCGCUAGACGGCAGGCUUUGACGCCGGAGUGCUGCGACAAGCUGAUGGAGCAAAGGCCCUGUAUGUGCAGCUACAAGAGAGACCCUAACCUCCGCCAGUAUUUCGGCAGCUCCCUUACACGGAAGCUCACCGAUGCCUGUGGUGUCCGCAUGCCCGAUUGUUAAUUAUGUGUGUGUAUAUAUAUAUUUCAAAAUAAUUUUGUAUGAUUUAUUAAAACUUCACAAGUUUUGUAUAUUUUUUCUUUUUUUAUGAUGCAAAAAUUUGCAACCGUUA